CGCCUCCACAGGCCAGGACAGACGUCCACGCCGGUGCCCUUGUGAGGCCGAGGACCGGCCGGGCUCCAGAGCAGGUCGCCAGGAGGACACUCAGACCAAUGGCGUUCUCUGUGGUCCUUCAUCAAGCCUUCCUCCUGGCAGUGCUGUUCCUGAGGACAUCCCGAAGUGAAGUCUUGGGGGCACCUUUACUGUUGACUCCUGAGAUACAUACGGUUUCUAUUCAGCCUAAACUUCAAGAAGUGAAUUUAGAAUGGACUGUCCCAGCCCUUACUCAUCAAGAAUUAAACAUGAUAUUUCAAAUAGAGAUCAGUAGACUGAAAACAUCCAACAUCAUCUGGGUGGAGAAUUAUACCACGACUGUGAAGCAGGAAGAAGCUGUGAGUUGGGACUGGACAUCUGAUAUCCCCUUGGAGUGUGUCACACAUUUCAUUAGAAUAAGGGCUCUGGUAGAUGACGCCAAGUCCCCUCCACAGAGUUUCUGGGGCAACUGGAGUUCCUGGAAAGAAGUUAGUGCACAAGUUUCAGUUGACCCUGAUACAUUAUUAUUACUUCCACAAGACAAACUCUUGGAAGAAGGCUCCAAUGUCACCAUCUGUUUGAUGUAUGGGAAGAAUCUAUAUAAUGUAUCCUGUAAGUUGCAAGAAGAGCCAAUCCAUGGAGAACAACUUGAUUCACACGUGUCAUUAUUAAAAUUGAAUAAUGUAGUUUUCCUUAGCAACGCAGGGACAAACAUCAAUUGUCAAGCCAUGAAUACUACUAAAAAUCCAUUUGGUACUGUUCUCUUGGUUUCAAAAGUACUUGAAGAACCCAAGAAUUUUUCCUGUGAAACCCAAGACUUUAAGACCUUGGACUGUUCAUGGGAACCUGGGAUAGAUACGAUUUUGCUUUGGUCUCAACGUUUUCAAAACUACACUUUAUGUGAAUCGUUCUCGGAGAGAUGUGAAGUUUCUAACCACAGAAACUCCUAUACCUGGCAAAUCACUGAGGACCCACAGGAAACAUAUAACUUCACUCUCACAGCUGAAAACCAACUAAGGAAAAAAAGUGUCAGCAUCAGUUUUAACCUGACCCAUAGAGUUCAUCCAAAGGCUCCCCAUGACGUCACCCUUAAAGCUGUAGGUGCUACAAAAGCCAACAUGACUUGGAAGGUUCACUCCCGUGGAAACAACUACACACUUUUGUGUCAAAUUGAACUCCAAUAUGAAGGAGAGGUGAUACACGAGCACAACGUUUCUGUCCACAUGAGCGCAAACUACCUCUUCAGUGAUCUGGAGCCAGACACAGAAUACAAGGCUUGUGUGCGCUGUGCAAGUGCCAACCACUUUUGGAAAUGGAGUGACUGGACGCAAGAAGAGUUCAGCACACCUGAGGCUGCCCCCUCACAGGCUCUUGAUGUGUGGAGACAAGUGCGAGCAGAGAAGGGAACACAUGUUGUGACCUUAUUCUGGAAGCCACUAUUAAAAUCGCAGGCCAAUGGCAAAAUCAUAGCCUAUGAUAUAGUUGUAGAAAAUGAAGCCAAACCAACGGAAUCAGAACACUACUCUGUUCUGGCACCAGCCCUUAGCACAAACCUGAGCCUCGACCUUCAUCCUUACAAGAUUCACAUCACAGCCAACAACAGUGCGGGGGCAUCUCCUGAGUCCGUGAUGGUCCUUUCUAAAGAUUCUGGACAUGAAGAGGUCCAGGAAAAAACAAUUAAAGGUAUGAAGAAUGCAUUCAAUAUUUCUUGGGAGCCUGUAUCUGGAGACACAGUAGGCUAUGUUGUGGACUGGUGUGCACAUUCUCAGGACCAACACUGUGAUUUGCAGUGGAAGAACGUAGGUCCCAAUACCACAAGCACCAUCAUCACCUCAGAUGCUUUUAAACCAGGGGUGCGCUACAACUUCAGAAUUUUUGAAAGAUCUGUGGAACAGAGUGCUCGGUUAGUAGAGAAACAAAGAGGAUACACCCAGGAACUGGCUCCUUUGGUGAAUCCAGAAGUGAAGAUUGAUAACUUGACUCCUAACUCCUUCGUUCUAAAUUGGUCAGAUUACACCAGUGACUUCCAGUCUGGUUUUAUAAAAGGGUACUACGUGUAUUUGAAAUCUAAGGAGCUGCAGUGCAACCAAAACUGGGAAAGGAUUCCUCCAGAUAAUCCAAUGAUCUGUAAAUAUGACAUCAAUGGCUCAGAGACAAAGAUACUCACCGUGGAAAAUCUUCGGCCAGAGUCCCUCUAUGAGUUUUUCGUCACUCCAUAUACCAGCGCCGGCCAGGGACCCAAUGAAACGUUCAGAAAGGUCACAACUCCAGAUGCACGCUCCCAUAUGCUGCUGCCGAUCUUAUUACCCAUGACCCUCGGUGUCUUGCUCAGCAUCGUUGUGUGUUACUGGAAAAGUCAGUGGGUGAAGGAGACGUGCUAUCCUGACAUUCCCAAUCCAUACAAGAGCAGCAUCCUGUCACUCAUAAAAUCCAAGAAGAAUCCUCACCUAAUACUGAACAUCAAAGACUGCAUUCCAGAUGUCCUUGAAGUUAUAAACAAAGCAGAAGGCAGCAAGACACAGUGUGUGGGCUCUGGGAAACUUCACACUGAAGAUGUACCCACUAAGCCUCCGUCUGUGCCAACAGAAAAGGAUUCCUCUAGCCCCGUGCCCUUCGUCUUCUUUGAGAAUUUUACUUAUGAUCAGUCAGCUUUUGAUUCCGGUUCCCAUGGCCUCAUUCCAGGACCCCUGAAAGACACAGCACACCAACUCGGACUAUUGGCUCCACCUAACAAGUUACAGAAUGUAUUAGAAAACGACUACAUGAAGUCCCUGGUUGAAAGUCCUACUGAAGAAACUAGCUUGAUUUAUGUGUCCCAGCUGGCUUCACCCAUGUGUGGAGACAAGGACAGGCUUGUCAUGAAUCCAACCAUGCCAGUGCAUGGUUCAGAGUAUAAACGGCAAAUGGCAGUUCAGAGGGAGCCUCCCAUCACCUUCUCUGAAGGAGAAUAACAGCUUGACCUCAAUGAUCCUCUUAGGCCAAGAUGAACAGUAAACACCAAGCAGCACAAAUGCGCACCAUACACUACAGGCACUUUGGGGGAUGUAGCUGGUACCAUGCCAACACCACGUGCCCUGGCCUUUGGUUCCGGGGCACUCAUUAUCUGCAGUGCUGACUUAUAAACGAUCACUAGAGACUGACAGACUGAAGACCAGAACUAUACAAUAUGUUAUUAAUUCCGAAGGUUUCCUUAGAAAUUGCAGGAUCCUGGAGCAUGCUGACCUUGUUAAUUUUUGUUCCAGGCUCACCCUUAUUGUAGUACCCCUGAGCUUUACAUAGAGUAUACCAGAGUCAUUUCACAGAGCCUACCUACUCAAAACUGCACAACUCAGCUAUGGUCCUAGGAUUUCGGUUUGCAGGUCAUGUAAACUUAACCUCACACUUAAUAUUUUAAGGGUAAAACAACUGGACCAGAUGUUUUGAUUAAUGCCCCAAGAGGUUACUUUUAUUAUGUAGAUUCAUCACUUUUAAUAGAAAGGUUACAAACUAGAUUUUGGUCAUACCUUAAAGUGAGAACUUGUAGUCACUGAUAAAGUAAAAAGAACUCUUUUCGUGUCUACACUGAAACUAACCAGUGAGAUGUGCAAAUGGACAGGAGAUUCUUCACAGGUCUCCUGACUGUUUUACUGCAGUAAAACAGGAUUGAUUGCAAAAAGCUCCAGACUUGCUGUCCAGGUGACUGAAACCUGUUCAAUGGACUCCAAUCUUCCUCUUUCGUUUUUGACUACCUCAGAACAGUAAAAAAAAAAAAAAAAAAAAAAAAGAACAUGUCAUUGAGUGACGCCUUUUAUA